CUUCUCCAGAAGUGUUUCUCCAAUGGAGUCAUUGAUAUCGUGAAGAAAUCUAAUGGAAAACGAGUGGCAAAAGUAGUGAACUCUCGAAUCGAUUCGGGCGGACGUAAUGUCUUUCGUUAUCCUCACCUCAAAGACAAAGUGAAAAUGUCUUUAAUUAAGAAUCACUUUAUCUUUUCAGUGGAAUCGACGGGUGCUCUUCCGGCCCAUCAGUUGGUCACCGAAGCCGUAGAAAUAUUAAUUGGAAAGUGUAGACACUUUUUAGGAGAACUCGAAGAAUAUAAUAAAAAUUUAAGUUAAUUUAUAAAUA